CCUCAAUCAGCUUAAACCUCUCCACCCCACACUCGCGAAUUUUCGAAUCAGAGAGGUCAAAAGAAAUUCUCGUUUUCUUUAGGUAAAUAGGAGAAGGUUGGCACGUUGAGAUCACGUGAUGGCGAGUGCUGACGUGGAGGCCGUGGAUUUUGAGCCGGAGGACGAUGACCUCAUGGACGAGGACGCGGCAGGCGACGCCUCCCCUCAGGCCCCUAUGCCUAAGCUCAAGUCCGCCAUCACUGGCGGCGCUUCCACCUCUAUUUCUGGCCCUAAGAAGACCAAGGGCCGUGGCUUCCGCGAGGACGACGCCGACCGCCACUCCCGUCUGGCCUCCCGCGACUUUGAGUCUCUUGGCACUGACGGCGGCCCCGGUCCCCAGAGAUCUAUUGAAGGAUGGAUUAUUUUGGUCAAUGGUGUACAUGAGGAAGCACAGGAGGAUGAUUUGCACAAUGCAUUUGGUGAAUUUGGUGAGAUCAAGAAUUUGCAUUUAAAUCUUGAUCGUCGGACUGGAUUUGUCAAGGGAUAUGCACUGAUUGAAUAUGAAAAGUUUGAAGAAGCAAAGAAUGCUAUAUCUGCAAUGGAUGGAGCAGAACUCCUUACACAGACUAUCAAUGUUGAUUGGGCCUUUAGCAAUGGACCCAGUACUGGAGGCUUCAAAAGAAAAAUUAUGAGGUCUGGACGGACACAUCGCUCCAGGAGUCCUAGGAGAAGAUACUAACUUCUUGUGCUGUAUUGUGAGGAAGGAUUUAUAACAAGGGAUUUGGAGAUUUGGUGCUUGAAAUUUACUGAAAUUAUGGACUUUUAGUUGUUUGUCUGAUACCCGUCAUCCUGUUUUUCAUGUAUGGUGUCUCUAAGUGGUGAUUGCUUAGUUUUCAAGUGCGGCUUUUUUGGUUUAUAUUUAACUUCUUGGAGUAUUGCUCCUCGCUAUUGUGCUCAUCCUUUUAUUAUUAAGGUAUUAGUGAGAGACAUCUUUUUAUUAGUA